AUGGCAAGAAUAGACGACAUUAAUGCCACUGGCCCUCAGGAUGUGUUUCUAUUUGCUCUCAACCGUACCUGUUCUCAUGUCCUAUGCCGUUUGCUGUCGGGACAACCAGGAUGGACUCAAUCGAACUAUCACUUCAAACGUGCUUUUGACUUUGCAAGAGAAUCUUUCAACUGGGGGCCAAUCAAUUCCGUAUCCGAUCAGCAACGUCGAGAUUUUGAAAGUCUCCUCCAAGAAGGGUUUGAUGAAAUUCAGGAGGAGCUGAAGGUCGCCAAAACUCAGAAUAUGUCUAUGUUCCUUAAAGAACAUACCUUCUACGUCUGGGAGCCGUGUAAGCUCUCAGAGCAUAUGUGGGGUACAUAUCCGAGACCUUCUUUUACAGUUCAUCAACAGGGUUCUUCUCACUCAGCAGAGGACGUAAAAACAAACCCAACCAUAUUCCCUGACAAGUUCCUCCUGCGGUGGAGACCAAUAUUUCUAAUUCGACACCCGGCUCUCACGUUCGAAUCUUGGUAUAGAGCCGAAAGCGCCGCUCGCUCCAUUGAUCUUGCUGAUAGGUCAUGGGCGUUCUAUACGACAUAUCAGUACUCUCGCCAGCUCUAUGACUGGUUCUUGUUCAAAGUUGGAGAACCUUCUAGACCUAUUGUUGUUGAUGCGGACGACAUUCUUGAUGGCAGUCCUGCAAUCAAGAAUCUGUGCAAUUCACUCGGCAUGGAUGAACAACAUAUCCUUUACAAAUGGGAUACGAUCAAAGCACCUGAGAACGCUGGCUGUCGCGAGCUCAAGUUCAUGAGUGAGUAUUGGAAUUCAACUUCAAUUGACAGUUCAAAGAGCUCUCGGGGAGUCAAUUUGGAUGCUGUUUUUGGGCGAUGGGUGGAGGACUUUGGAGCGGAAAAUGCUAAAGAGCUUAAGGGUCUUGUCCAUGAGUCAAUGGAAGACUACAAUUAUUUAAAAGGUAGGAAGAUAUAA